ACACCGUUUAAUGAUACCCUGUGGAGGACAUGGGCUCCUGAUACUGAGUUUUUUUAUUCAAAUUCUAUUGCCAAAAAUGUAUCUUUUAGUGGCAGGAUUGUGUACCAGAGGUAUGGGCCCAGCCGUGAAGUAGCACCUGACAGUGUGUAUAAUACUGCAAGGAUUAUAGAUGUUGUCAAUUCUUCUGAGCUAAGUUCUAGAAUGACAUGGAAAUUCCCCGUGGAUCAUGGAUAUAAGUACCUCAUUCGGUUGCACUUCUGCGAUAUUGCUAGCUUGGCUCUUAAUGAGCUGUAUUUUAAUGUUUUCAUCAACGGACAUCUUGCAUAUGAAAAUUUUGAUAUCUCCUCUGCAACUGUUCAAGUUUUGGCUUCUCCUUACUAUGUGGACUUUGUUGCUGAUGUGGGCAUUUCAGACUUUCUGUUUGUCAGCAUUGGCCCUUCCAGGUUCGUUGGUCAUUCGAGGGUUGAUGGGUUGCUGAAUGGACUGGAAAUUAUGAAACUUAAUAACACCGUUGGAAGCUUGGACGGUGUGCUUCCAUUUGCUUUGGUUUUACAUAGUUCACGAGGUGGCUUUAGCACAGCUAUCCGUUCGCUUAUUUGUUGGUCUGCUUUUGUCAUGUUGUCGGUUGUUGGGUUUAUGUUAAUAUUGAGAAGGAGGGCUGAGUCAAGAAACCGCAUUGCAUGGUCUCCUUUGCCGAUGGAU